CGUACGCCUUAAGUUCUGACGGCUUUAUCUUAAGGAUGGCCGAAUACAGCUUGUAUGACACAUAUGUGGGUGUAAAACGCAUCUAUGGACGUAGAAAAGUAUAACCUGUUAUGUGAUCACUUUUUGAACUGAUAGUCCUGCGCUCAGACAGGUUUACGCGUCUGCAUUAAAGUGAGAAAAGUGAUAAUGUCAGGUCUUAAAGUUGUGAGAAUUAAAAGUAAAAUGGUAGUAUGAUAUGGACAUGUGAUACUACUGUGUGCAAAGUAAGACAAUAUAAAGCCGAGAUUCCUUAGAUUUUGGAAGGAGACUUUGAGACCGUCCACGAGAAGGAAAGUGUUGACAACCGGCAUCAGUACCGCUGCACGAACAUGACAAUGUCUCUCAUGGCCUGGUCGUCUGUCCUGACUUCUUGUCUGCUUCUCUGCGUACUUCCAUCAACUGUUGGAUCCAUUGUCAUCACGGGGAUAUGUGAGUCUGAUGAGCAGUGUAUCGAGGCGCGAGGCGAGGGCUGGUGCUGCGCCCUGUGGAACCUGGGGGACGCGCCCACAGUCUGCAAACGGAUGGGAGAGGAGGGCGAGGCCUGUCACAUAUCCAGUAACUACCUGCCCUAUCCCUUCACUGGCGCCAGACGUUUCUGGCGAUGCCCGUGUGACCCAAACCUCACGUGCAAGGUUGAUGACGCGGAAAGCAGGAUCGGUACCUGUACCUCCGGAUGAGCUGACCAGAAGGACACUGGACCAAACCAUUUACAGGAACAGACACACGACCCUGGCUUUCAGAACGGACAGUCAAGUUCAAAUCAAAUACUGCACAUAAAGGACUAAGCGUAGCAUUGACACGAACGUCAAACUAAGAUUACAGCCAGAAGACAAACCUUCAUGUGAACCCGACAGAGUUAACUGAAUUACGAUGUAUAACAUAUACAUAGAUAUAAUUAACAGAAGAAAAGUUACAGGGUAAUAGCGUCAAGGCUAACUGAUAUUAAAGUAAUGCAGUAAUGUUAUUCAGUUGGAACAUUAUGUGGAAAUCGUUAUGAAGAUAUGUCAUUACAGAUUGAGCGACAAUCCGAGUGAUUUCCACUUGAUUAAUAUGUGUGCUGAGGACAGAUUUCUGACCAUGGAUGUAUUAGAGACGCAGACACAGCGUACUGAGAGCCAUUAAGAAAUUAAAAUGCAACAAAAAAGAUGGCUCAUGAUUCCGCUGUGUUGUAAUUUGCUGAUGUCUACCAUUGCCAUCAUUCUGUGCAAUGCAAUGCGGCUGACCAUGUGGUAGGGAGAAAUACUAGUGUGCAAGAACCAGUUUUGCCACCUUCAGUCUGUACUUCCUGCCACUCAGCAAGUCUGACCUUUGCAGCCAUCUUCCCCCUCACUUUAUGCCACUCUCCUGAUAGUGCAUUCAAAUAACUAUGGCCAAACACUAAACCAAACACGCACACUGCAACCAUAGAAUCUGUACACGGAGUCAAAACCAGCAUACAUGUUGUGUAUCUUUACGAUGAAUGGGUGGAGAAUUUUAUCCAGUUUGACUCAUCUUUUGGUGGUAAAUUAGGACAAAAUACAACCAUGUCCAUAUAAACAUUGUAAUUCCAUUCACCACGCUAACAAAACAAUUACAGAGAUAUCCCUUCGACAAUGCAGCCUUAGAAGAGAGUAUUAAAGAUACAAAUGUAAUAUUGUGUAUCGUCUACAUCUGACAAGCAUGCCUUACUAAUAAAUAAUAAGAGGCCCCAGCCUAUAAGUUUACUACAUUGAAGGCUUACAGGUCUAGUUCCUACAUACAUAUCACUUCCCAACAAAGAAAUGAACAGCAGUUACACUUAACUGCUUAUAACAUACGUAACAUUAUGUACCUGGGAAAUACAUCAGUUACUCCUACAUGUUACCCAAACAUUCUCUUUAUACCAAAGAAGGAUAAUGAAAAAAGUCAACCAGAUUUCCUGGAGGGACUUAUCUAUCUAGCCAACAGUAGGAACCAAAUUACAAGGGAAAUACUGAACAUUGUGUGAUAUUUGAGCAGCAGCCGGAUCUUCAACUAAAUCUUUUAUCACUGAACAGAUCUUUGCGAAUAAACAGCAUUGUUAUCCUGCAAUUUUCCAACUUGAUGUAAUAAUUUGUGCACUCGCAUUAGUCUUAAACCUUUGAACAAGCCUUACACAAAGGCACUCCUACAAUGUACAUUGAGUGCACUGUCCUGGAAAACUCUAUGCUGGGACAAAAUCCUGUCUACACCAUUACAUUAUAGUUGUUGACUCUUUUUUACUCUGGUAUUAGGGUGUUUUUAAAGUAAUGAAACCCAACAUUGCACCAUAGGAUCACAUAGACAUCAAGAAUUCUUUAAUGUAUCAGCAGAAGAAAACUACAACCAACUUUUCUUCAAAUCCAGUCAAUCUACUUCAACUAAAAGUCUUUGGAGAAGAGCUCUCAGUAGGUAACUAUCCAUUGCUAUUGAGACUUCAGAAUUUAUCUUGCUGCAAAGCUGAAUCAUCAUAAAACAUCUUGAGAUAUAUCACAUUUCAUUUCACCAAAACGUGAUUACUACAUUCACAGCUCACCCUUUAAUAUUGUUGUAAAUUUCUACACAUACUAUUUAUCUACACGUGAUAACAAAGAAUGCAUCAUCCAAAAAUGCAUUUCUUCAACACUGCUUUACUUUCAUUUAUCCGCCAUGAACAACAAGCAGAAACUAUAAACACCAAUAUUCUUCAUAAUAUUUUCCUUUUAUCCACUAAAACAUGCUAAUAUACAGUGGGCUCCAAUUGACCAAUGGAAAAACACAAAUGCAGCAAAAGUAUGUAGCCAAUAAGACAGCAGAGUCAGUUCACCAAUCAUGGGCUAUGACACAAAUAUCAUCUAAUAUAAGUAACUAUGCUACCUUGGAAGAAGCAGUGCAAAUGUAUAGCAUAGGUGUGGCUGGUUACAUCAUGUGAAAAAAAA